AUGCCCGGCCUCCGUCUUUUUCUCAGUCCGUGGCUCGUGGCUCUAUUAGUGGUGCAAGGCCUGCUUGGCGCCCAUGCUUACGUUCGCCGACGCCACCCUGUGCUCUUGGUUUUUUCCAUUGUGGCCUUCUUGUGUGCCUCUGGGCUGGCGUUUUUAUGGGCGGCGCCUCCACUGCCAGCGAAAGAAAGGGCAGUUUGGGGGCUUUUGUCGCCACUUUACUUGGCUGUGGCAAUGUGGCUAGCCGCCAAGGUUUCUCCUGGGGGCGAAACUGCGGCGCUCCAGGCGCUUUCGAUGGCGGCUGCGUUCAGUAUGGGCAUGGCGCUCACACUAGAACAGGACCGCGGAGCCGCCCUGGAUGAGGAAAUGUGGCCCCAGCAAAGCCUUCAUGCGAGCGACGCCCCUAGCCAGAAAAACAGCAGCCGCACUGUGAGCGACAUGUGCUCGGACUUGGCGCACUUGGGGCGAGACACCGCAAGGGAAGACACGAAAGCGGCCAAAAAUGCCAAAAAUGCCAAAAAUGCCAAUGCCAAUGCCAAUGACGCCAGAGACGCCAACGCUGCCAAUGCAGCAGACACAGCGUCAAGGGCCACAGAAAAACACUUCAGUACCUACAGUUGGCACGCUUCCAAUCACUCGCAAGAUUCCACCAUUCGCCAUCCACCCAACCACUUUGCCGACACGCUUCACCCUGCCCCUGAAUUCCACUCCACUGCGGGCACAUCGACAGAAAACCUUCCCCGCAAGGAGCUCUCAGCAAAAGCCAGCGAGCGCACAUUGGUGGACGAUCUGCUUCUGUGGCUUGUCCAGGCGUCUAUGGCUCCUAGCACGUGGGACGACGGCGAAAACUGGAUGGCGCCGCCGGCGGUAUUGGCCAAAGUGCGUGCUCCCGCUCGUGCUCGGAGCUUGGACACUUUCCCUGUGCCGCGCCGCAGCAUCGACGCUGGCGCCCCAAGCUUAGACGCGCCAACGCCUAGCGCCAACACGUUGCGCAGCGCGCGCUCGGUCCAGAACCUCGAAUCCCGAACGCUUGAGUGCUGGGACCGCGCACAUCGCCCUAAAGAUGCCAAUCCGCCCAUCGACGCUGCCCCAUACCCGACAAUGCCAGUCACCCCGUACAUGCCAACGCCAGUCACGCCGCAUUCCGAAGACAGUCUCCGGCCAGAAGCUCUUCGCACUGACGCCAGCCCGCGCAAGCGCUCGCCCCGCCGCUCGUCGGAUUCCGCACCUUCGACAAUCUUGGAACACGCUGAGGAGGCGCUGGACGCCGCAGAAUUGCUGAUUCCUAUUGCUGCACCCCGCUGGGGCGGCGGCGCAGUGCGUCACGUAUCGCUCCACGAGUGGGAAAACAAUCGAGCUUGGCAAUCCGCUUGGCCGCGCGCCCCCGGGCCACUCUUGUACCCUGGACUGUCGGACAAGUAUGCGCUAAGUGCAGAUGCAUUUGCAGCCAGGGCGCAUUUUGCAGCCGAGGCAUCACGUCUUGCGUCUGCAAAGUCAUCUCCGGAUUUUGCAACCCUGCAAUUUAGCACCGAGUUUGCAGCCCUGGGUUUUGCAACCAAGCCAAACAUGUACGACUCGGCCGAUUGCGAGUCGACCAGUGACCUCAAUGUCACUGACGCAGGUCCAGAAAAUUACUCGCAGCCCGUCGUGCCAUCUUCGCGUGCAUCGCAUGCGUCACUCAAGUCGCCCUCGCCCCGCUUGUCUGCGGCGCCGUCUCUCCACACGUACCGCCAAGACUCGCCGCCGCCGCUAACGCCGCGUGAGUCGCCCGAAACCCCGCCGCCCUCCACUCCUCCAGGAACCCCUUGUGCGGCUUCAACGUCGCCACUCAAAAAGGUUUUUGGCAUGUUCCGUCUGCUGCUGGCGCUGCCGCAGCGUUCGCACAAACACUCGGCCUCUGCGCUGCUGGCACGGCGCCACCGGCACUCUGCGUCGCUCGCGUCGUUCCUGGUUUCUUUAGCGUCGGCCAAAUCGUCCCGUUCUGGAUCUCCGCGCAAAGCGCUAAAGGCACUUCUCACGGAGCCCAAGUCUUUCUUGGCCCGUGACCCGCCUCCCACGUUCAUGUUGGCGCCGCCGCCAGAACCGCAGUUGCUCCCGGCUUUCGAAGACAAUUGGGAUGCGGAAACUGCAGGCGCCCUGGACCGCUCGCGCGUGAGCAGUUUCCCCACGUCGGUUGUGGGGGAGUACGACAAGGAAAAGUGGCGCACGCUCAAAGAAUUGGAGCGCCGCACCCUGAGCCCGCACCCAGCUCGCACAGAUACCCUAGCAUAA